AUGGCAGAAAUCAGCCACCAUACUUAUUGCUCCAGUGUUGAUGUUCAAGAGGAUACAAGUACAACACCUUCCUGCGAAAAUAAAAUGAAAUAUAGAAUAUUCAUGCUUUCACUUUCCUUUGUACACAAAGUUCUGGCUCUUACCUGUUUACAAUGCAAAGGUAUCUCUCAGCCUCGGCAUUGCACUAUCGUAGAUGUAUGCUUCCCCGGAGAGGUGUGUGGUGUUGAAAAGGUAACCAACUCACUCGGGCAUACUGUCUUCAAUGUGGGUUGCUUAACAGAAUCGAAAUGUCAAAGCAGGUCAAUAAGAAAUCAACGAUCAGGAAAUGUAGGAUGCCGUCAGUGUUGUCAGUCUGAUCUCUGCAAUGCUGAAGGAUGCGGAGAACCUGGAUAUCCAGAACACAGAGGCCCAAUUUGUUUCAAUUGCCCUUUGCAUACAAACUUAAAUACAUGCAGCGACAUUGCCUUCUGUGAACAAGGCGAUGAUGAUGAUAAUUAUGAUGAUUCUGGCGUUGGUAAUGAUGAUGGUGGUGGGGAUGAUGAUGGUGGUGGUGGUUGUGAUUGUGGAGAUGAUGGUGGUGGUUUUGAUUGUGGAGAUGAUUGUGGUGGUUGUGAUGAUGUUGUUGAUUAUGAUGAUGAUUAA